UGAUUUUUCUUCCCCUGCCUGGCACAUGUGACCCUGCCAAGCGUCUAUCCUCUAAUCGUCCACAAGAUUAAACCCAAUUUUUCACAUUUUCUACUCCUGGCAUACCGAUCACAUCAUAUGGCAUUUUCAAAUGCUCAUUAUUCUUCCCCAUUCCACUUGGGCGCAUCCAGUAGCUAGCUAGAUAUGCCAGUCCACCAACAGCAAAGCCGUCAGCGCAACACCAACCUCUUGAUUCACGACAUAUUCCAAGGCGGCGAAAACACAACCGUUCACUGGGAACCAGUUUCUCAACCAGUCGCUGUCGCCUGGCCUAUAGAAUGUCUUGUUUCUCAUGAAGCCAAGCGCCACUGUAUAACACAGCAAGAUGUAAACAAUCUGGUGGACUUUGGUGACCUUGAAUACACGAGCAAAAUCAAGGAUCAGCUGGUCUGUCCCAUAUGCAUUGGGGUUUUUGUAACUCCGAUAGUCACGCCCUGCGGGCACCUUUUCUGUCUAGAGUACAUACAGAAGCAUCACAGAACAUGUCAGUGCUGUCCACUGGAUAGAAGGAGGAUUCAGGCAAACAGAACACGUCUUGCCAAGGGCCUUAUGGAUGAGAUUGGGGGCUUAGAUGUGCUGUGCCCCAACUCCAAGCUUGGAUGUACUCGUGAGAUGAGGCGGGAUGGCGUAGUUCAGCAUCUAUUGACCUGUUGCUAUACGGCUGAGAAUCUACUGCAGACAAGUAGAUCAAAAAUAAAUACAGAUGUUACUUGACACAAUCCGUUGAGAUCCGGUCGCUUCCACAACUUGGUCCUGCCGGUUUGUGGCAUAAGAGAACAAACUCAAGUGUCAAUAUAAAGUUAUGUCGAUUAGUG